CAGUUCCUUCCUCUGCCGCUGCUUCAUCCCCCUUCACUGCUUCAAGUUGAUGAUUUACAGGAUUCACAGACUCUUUUCAAGCCCGCUGCUUCGCUCCUUCACUCAAAUCCUCUCGCUGCGCAGUUCACGAACCCUGACCGCCAGAAUGUCCUUUCAGUACCCGCAGGCUUACCGCGACGAGGCGGUUCUCGAUGACUAUCACGGUAACAAAGUGCCGGAUCCCUACAGCUGGCUGGAGGAUCCGGACAGCGAGAAGACACAGGCCUUUGUUACUGCUCAGAACCAGCUAACGCUACCAUUUUUAGAGCGCUGUGAAGUGCGGGAUCUCUUCAAGGAGCGCAUGACUGAACUGUAUGACUAUCCCAAGUACAGCUGUCCUUUCAAGAGGGGAAGCAGGUACUUUCACUUCUACAACACAGGCCUGCAGAACCAGAGUGUGAUGUAUGUGCAGGAGAGCCUGGAUGCUGAGCCUACAGUCUUCUUAGAUCCAAACACAUUUUCUGACGAUGGGACAGUAGCACUGCGAGGCUAUGCAUUCUCUGAGGACGGGGAGUAUCUGGCAUAUGGCACCAGCGCCAGUGGCUCCGACUGGGUGGAGAUCCGCUUCCUGCGUGUGGAAGGUGCCGUACCUUUGGAGGACCGCCUGGAGCGAGUCAAGUUUAGCUGCAUGUCCUGGACUCACGAUGGAAAGGGCCUUUUCUAUAACUCUUAUCCCGACCAGGAAGGCAAAAGUGAUGGCACUGAGACCUCCACCAACCUCUAUCAGAAGUUGUAUUUUCAUGUUUUGGGGACUCCACAGUCUGAGGACGUCCUGUGUGCCGAGUUUCCCGACCACCCCAAGUGGAUGAGUGGGGCUGAGGUAUCAGAUGAUGGACGUUACGUGCUGCUGUCCAUCAGAGAAGGCUGCGAUCCUGUCAACAGGCUCUGGUACUGUGACCUCAAGGUCACUCCUGGAGGCAUUACAGGACUCUUACCAUGGGUGAAGUUAAUCGACAACUUUGACGCUGAGUAUGAGUAUGUGACCAACGAGGGCACCCUCUUCACUUUCAAGACGAAUCUCGACGCCCCGCGUUACAGACUCAUCAACAUCGACUUUGCUUCCCCCGAUCAGAGCAACUGGAAGGAGCUCAUCCCUCAGCAUGACAAGGAUGUUAUUGUGUUCGCCACCUGCACCUUCUCCAGCUACCUGUUUGUGUGUUUCCUUCAUGACGUGAAGAACGUGCUGAAGAUGUACCGCCUGAGCUCAGGAGAGGAGCUCAGGACCUUCAGUCUCGACGUUGGCUCCAUUGUGGGCUUCACAGGGCGAAAGCGGGACUCUGAGAUCUUCUACUAUUUCACCUCUUUUCUAUCCCCAGCCAUCAUCUACCAUUGUGACCUGACGAAGGAGCCGCUGCAGCCCCACAUCUUCAGAGAGGUCACAGUGAAAGGCUUCAACCCCUCCGACUAUCAAACCACACAGAUCUUCUAUCCCUCCAAAGACGGCGCCCAGAUUCCCAUGUUCAUUGUUCACAAGAAGGGCAUCAAGCUGGACGGCUCCCAUCCCGGGUUUCUGUACGGCUACGGCGGCUUCAACAUCUCCAUCACGCCGAGCUACAGCGUCUCCCGGCUCAUCUUUGUCCGGCACCUGGGGGGAGUCCUGGCCGUGGCCAACAUCAGAGGAGGGGGGGAGUACGGGGAGACUUGGCACAAAGCUGGCAUGCUCGCCAACAAGCAGAACUGCUUCACAGACUUCCAGUGUGCCGCUGAGUAUCUCAUCAAAGAGGGAUACACGUCUCCCUCCAAACUCACCAUCAACGGAGGCUCCAACGGCGGCCUGCUCGUCGCGGCCUGCGUGAACCAGCGGCCCGAGCUGUUUGGCUGCGCCGUGGCUCAGGUGGGCGUCAUGGACAUGCUGAAGUUCCACAAGUUCACCAUCGGACACGCCUGGACCACGGACUUCGGCUGCUCGGAGGACAAGGAGCAGUUCGAGUGGCUCAUCAAAUACUCCCCCCUCCACAACAUCCGCAUCCCAGAAGGCAACGGGGUCCAGUACCCGGCGGUGCUCCUGCUGACGGGGGACCACGACGACCGCGUGGUGCCCCUCCACUCCCUCAAGUACAUCGCCACCCUGCAGCACAUCGUGGGCCGCAGCGCCAAGCAGACCAACCCGCUCUUCAUCCUGGUGGACACCAAGUCGGGGCACGGCGCCGGGAAGCCCACCAGCAAGGUCAUCCAGGAAGUGGCCGACACCUACGCCUUCAUCGCCCGCUGUCUCAACAUCUCCUGGGUCAAAUAAUGUGCCGGCCGCCGCCGCGUGUGUGAACGGUCGUUGAUCCUCCUCUCCUCUCUUCACACAGUUCCUUCCAGCUGGUGAUAUUUUCUGCACAGCAGCAACACUACAGGGUGGUUUGACUGAUCAUUUCACAGCCACUUUUAACAUUUUUGUUUUUUCUUUUAAAUAUACUGAGCUGUUUUGACCCCUCGGCGUGGCGAGCCUGUGGUCGGAGUUCGGCCAUGUUUGUAGUUCUCUGUAAAGCCACGGACUGCAAUGAAUCGUGGGAGUAAACAACAAAUCAGCCGUCGAAGUCUUGAGGUGAAAAUGGUUUUAUUUAGAGAAAACAAAACAACAACUCGUGUCCCAGGAUUUCCAGUUCCGUUCAUCUUAUUUAUUCUCGUUUGUGCACACAGCGCAGCGGUCGCCUACAAUUCUGGUAUUACAGUAUUAUCCACUACAGCUGGACCGGGUCGCUGGAGAAACUUGCAAAAAAAAAAAGUGUUUUGUGUACGUGUGAGAGUGUGAAUGUGUGUAAAAAAAAAAGUCAGUCCCACCGUUAUUUUCAGACUGAUGAUUUCUACCUCUUGACUUGUGCUGAUUGUUUACCUUACGAAAGGGAACGAAACACAAUGCCACAACGACAAUAAACAACUUUUUAAACA